UUUUUCACGCGCAUGCGCACAGUCCAGUUGAUAGACGGCUAGCCUCCUUUGCUAGCUGGUUCGGAUCACUUAACAUUGAAAUAACUACCUGCUUUGAACUGUUACGUUUAUUUAAACGGGACGUUGCUUUAUUAAGGGUAUCUGCUUCAUUAUGUUGCAGUUUUUGGCUGGCUUCACUUUGGGGAAUGUUGUGGGGAUGUACCUCGCUCAAAAUUAUGAAGUUCCCAACAUAGCCAAGAAAAUUGAAGCUUUCAAGAAGGAUGUUGAGGCCAAGAAGAAGCCUCCGGAGUGAACGGAGCUGCAGCAAGGAAGAGACAUCCUCUACAGAGAUUAUUUAUUCCACAGGGUUUUAUCGGCUAAGUGGGGGUGCAUUUGCUAAAGGAUUAUUUGAGAAUUAGAAGCAUAUCCAGGACCAGUAUUUGUUUCCCUCCUCGGUUAUAAAUGCUUGUCCCUAUCGUAGCCUUCCUCAUUGGCUGAAGUGUGCAGAAACUAGAUUCAAAGACUAAUGCAGCUAAGCGUUUGGCGGCACUGGAUGCCUGGGUUUUCUAUAACGCAGUGUGAUGAUAUUGUUUAAAGUGCAUUGAAAUGUGCAACACUUUGAAAACAUAAUUGUACUACCUUCUGAAUUUUCAGUAACAACUGCCAAACAUUUUGAUGUGUUGUCAUAAAUGUUUCUAAAUCCUUUAACCUAAAAUAAAGUUACAGAAAAUGUCA